AUUUAUAUGUAAUAAUAUGUAUAUUAGGUACUAAUAAUUAUUAAUUAGGUAUGCUCCCGCAGUACCAAUGUAGUAGUGCUUACCGCAGUACUUACUACAUACCAUAAUGUUAUUAUUAUACUUACUAUAGUUCGGCCGAAUACGUUAAGUAAGACUACGCCUAUGUAGGCCUAUUUUCCUAUUGCCUCAAGUAGGCAGUCAAUUAGGAACAGUGGGAACCAGGAAGUGAAAGUUAAAAUGGUCGUUAUUUAUAUCUUUACGGUUUUGUAAUUAUUAACGUAUUAUUAUUGAUAGGUAGGUAGGAGAUGCCUACCUAGUCCAAACUGCAAAAGUCCAUAGUACCUCGUAGCCGGUGUUUGAAGUUAAUAUAACGUUUAUUCAAGUAUAAUCAAUGCUAAUACCUAAUCUAAAAUUCGUAAUAAUAAUAAUAUUAUAGUCAUGCAUAAUAUUAUUAUUUAUCGUGUGUGACCUGUGUUCGACUUUGACAACUUAUAUAACGUCAACAUCAGGUUUUUUUUAUUUCAUAAUUUAUUAAUGACUAGCUACCACUAUUUCUACUUCUACUAUCGCUAUUACUACAAUUAAUUCGACAACACGUUCUUACAAAUAACUCAACAACUACAUUGUAUCAAGGACGCAACAGCCGAAAAAUGACAAUCUCAGGCUUGUUGUUGAAAUUGGGUAUUUAUACCUCGGCUCUUGUUGGUUUCUUCACCAUGCUGCCUUUAAAAGACAAUGUCACUUUCACCGAAUACAGUGUCACACCACAAAAACCUUUGAUAGGACCGUUAGCAAUAAAUGAAAAGUUAUCAGGCAUAUCAAAACUUUUUGAAGAUCAAAUUGUAGGACCCGAAGGUCUGUUGUAUUAUAAUAAUACUUUAUAUACAACAUUGCAUUAUGGCCAUGUUGUUAAAAUUGUUGAUAAUGAAAUAGUUCCUGUUGUGAAAUUUGGGAAAGUCUGUGAUGGAUUAUACGAUGAACAUAUUUGUGGACGUCCACUUGGCUUAAGUAUGGAUAAAACAGGAUUUUUAUAUGUAGCUGAUGCAUAUUAUGGUAUUUUCAAAGUGAAUUUAAACCCAGAUCAGUAUGGCAAAAAAGAGCAAUUAGUUUCAUUGGAUGAUGUUAUUGAUGGUGUACGUCCUAAAUUACCAAAUUCAGUUGUAAUAACUUCUGAUGGUACAAUGUACUGGACAGACUCUGAUACAAACUAUAAAUUACACAAUGGAGUUUAUACAUUAUUAGUUGAUGGAACUGGAAGAUUAUUGAAAUAUGAUCCAAAAACUAAAAGAAAUACAGUGUUAAUGAAAAAUAUUCAAUUUGCUAAUGGUGUGGAAUUAUCAGAUGAUGAAUCAUUCAUAUUGGUGUCUGAAACUGCAAAAUACCGUAUACAAAAGUAUUAUUUGAAAGGACCCAAAACAGGGAAAAGUGAAAUAUUUAUUGAUGGUUUACCAGGAAUGCCAGAUAAUAUUAAAAGAAAUGGUAGAGGGUCGUUUUAUAUUCCAUUAGUCAUACCAAGAGUUCCAAUUGUUGAUAAUAUCGGCGAAUAUCCAACUAUUAGAAUGAUGAUUACCAAAUCUUUAGGACUAAUUGAUUUUACAUUGCUAAAAAUCAAUUCAUUAUAUCCCAAUUUAUAUUGCAAAAAAGCUAUGCAUUGGAUUGGACAUUUUGAAUCAAUGUCAUUCAUCAAAUCAAUAGUCAAUCAACGACUUUCUGUUUUAAAAGUUAAUGAAAAUGGCAAAGUAUUAUCAAGUUACCAUUCUACAGACGGAAAGGUAACUGGAAUAUGUGAUGUUGAAGUGAUUGAUGAUAAAUUAUAUCUGGGCUCACCAUUCAACACCUUUUUGGGAGUUAUUAAACUGCCACAAGGAUUUUUAUAAGUUAAAAUUUUUAUUAGUUUAUUGUUUUUUUUUUUUUUUUUUUAAUAGUUAGCAUUGUUAUACACAUUUAUUUUGAAACUUUAUUACUUGAAUUUGUACAAUUUUUAGCUCAUACUAUGUCACAAUCAAAUGCAUUAUACACAGUGAUUAUUUAUAUUUAUUUACAGGAGUUUUUAUACAUUCAUACCAGAAAAAUAUCUAUAUUUUGUAUGUUUCUAUUUGUAUAAAAGACAAAUUUGAAUGUUCCAUGUUACUUAUAUAUACAUAUUUUAUUGUGAUGUCAAAUUCUACUCAAAUUAAAUUAUUUUUUUAUCUAGAUUAUAUAAAAAUAACUUCUUCUAUGUUCUGAUUAUUAUAAUUCCCAGUCAUAAAAAAUAGAAACUUAAUUCAUUAUUUAUUAUUGUUAAGAAACUAUCCUUUACAUUUUAUAAGAAACUAGAAACUCAUAAAAUAAUAUGUUUUUAAUUGUUUGCUUUGUGAAAAUAAAGCAGUCAAUUUUUUUUUGGA